ACUGUUCACGGAGCGAGCAAGCCGCCAGCCUCAACCAGCCCAGCCAUCACCUAUCAGAAGUAACUGAGGCGCUGUGGAAAGAGGACGUACAGUGCGUGGUCUUAACGUCGCGUUGAAGCUGACUUUUUAAUCAAGUUGCGUGGAAGUGUGGGUGGGUUUGGACUUCCCUCUUGUUACUUGGCUUCAUUCGGUGCAAGUAAAUAGACAAACGGCGUGAUGGUGGCGGAAGUCAUGUCCCCAUUGGUCACCUCGGUUUUCAGGCUGGUGGUGAUCACGAUGCUCUUCGCUGCCAACUGCGGGGCAAUGUGUCGCACUUACAAAAUGCCGAAGUACAAAGGGGUGCUGUCUUACAAGUGGAUUACAGUUCUCUCCAUCCUCAUCCUCAACCUGAUAUAUUUGUCCUUCAUCUGGGCACCCUUCACCAUCACCACCUUCAAACACAACCUGCAGGACCUCCAGGCUGUGCGCCAGCCUGCUGGUGCUAGGGAACACAUGCAUGUGCCCUCCACCUACAUCUUGGCCUACCUGGAGGACUGUAAUGGUACCCUGGUGCAGAAGACUAAGCUCGGCACAGUGUUGGGUGAAACAAACUACGGCCAACUGAUUCUGCCUGAGGGAAAUGGACCCCAAGAUCUAAUAACUGUUAGUUUUGACCAGCUAAAAAAGUAUGAAAGUGACCAUGCACAUCUUGCUCAAGCGAGACAUUCCAGGCUCGGGGACUCUCUGAACCAGUGGAUUAUUAAUGUUCAAGAUGUCAUCACCUCGUCAUUUGUCUACAGCUUCAUCCUGUUAGCAGUUAUGAGGAAAACCAUGGCAGACAAGUAUCUGCUGUUGAGCAACCUGCAAGUCUCUCUGAGUGGUUUCCUGCUGGCAAUGCUGCCCUUCCCACUGGUGCUAGCUACCCGGGAGAUGGCCAACACCUCUAACCUGUUUGCUCUUCACACCUCGGAGGUCUCCAAGAGUGGCUAUACAAUGUACAGCAUCAUCUGUGAUGUGAACAUCACCCAGAACUAUGUGGUAAGCAUCUACCUGGAGUGUGCUGUGGUAUUGCUGGUGGCUGCUGUACUGCUGGUGGUGACACAGCGACGCUUCAACUUUCCUAUCUCCAACACAGAAGAGGAUGGAUGUGAGCCGGUUCAAGUGGAGGAUGUGGCGUGUAAAUUUGUAAUGAUAGUGGGUGCUGGAUGGGCCUGGCCUUUGAAGCCAAUCCUUGUCACUAUCCUCUUCUGCGUCUAUGGAACUCACUGGAGCAAUGUGGUGUGCUGGUUGGCCAAUAUGGUGGUGGCCAUCCCAGUGGUGUUCAUACCACUCGCUGUUUUCCUGUCUUGUACUGAGGAGCAAGAGCGCUGCAUUUUCUAUGAAGUCUUUCAAGAUGAUGCCAAGAACACUGAGACUGCAGAAGAAAAGAAUUACAUGGACCAAAGUACUGAAACUGAAGUGGAAUGUGAUGAAGAUAUUUGUUGUAAGUUGUCACAUGUAGAUAUACUUCCAGAAGGGAGGGUGUAUGUGCGCUUGGAUGCUCCAAUGGAAUUGGACCAGACUUUAGAGAACCUUAGGCUUUAUCUAGGUGAUAAUAUUAUCAGACCUAUGAAGGAUGAUGAUGAUGAUGAUGAGGUUUGCACCUUAGGAAAGAAUAGUCCUCCAUCUGAUGAUAAAAAAUGUGCUGUGUAGGGAUCUCUCAUGCAAAUUCUAGAAAAAAGGAACAAAACUGAAAUAUAUGAACUUUCUGUGUAAUAUGGCUAGGAAUGAAAAAGAAACAUUGGCAUACAGUGAGAGAGUCUUUAGCAUAUAAAAGACUAUCUAGAGCUGGUCUGCCACACACACACACACACACACACACACACACACACACACACACUCUUUUGCUCAUGUACACUAGUUCCUUGCUGACUGUGAUGAUGUUUGUCAGAAGUGUUGAGGUGUUGCAGAUUGGUAGUAUUUAAAGUAGUACAAUUUUACUGGGUGUUUUGGCGCUUGUACUGGUUUUCCAACUAUUUUGAUACAGUAUUUUUUCCAACUGUUUUGAUCUCAUCCAUAUUCUUGUAAGUGAGGUUAAGUAUGAAUGUGAGUGUCUAUGUAUGUAUCUUGAUAUUGCAUGCAUAGCCAUGUCUUUUGUGAUGGUGUAUCCUUUAGUGCCUUAGAUUGGGGAGAUUUUUCUUUCUUUUUUUCAUAGAGUUUGUCAUGUAUGUCACUCAAUCACCCACUAUCAUUAUGAAAGAGACUGUGAUUAUGGAAUUUUAUCUCUGAAAUGUAUAGAAAAUACAUACAAAGUUGACCUUAAUGCUAUGCCAUAUUUAUUAUAGCUGCUUAUUUUGAAAGUGGUUCCAUUUAUCUCACAGUAUACAUUAUCAUCAUCAUCAUCAUCAUCAUCAUCAUCAUCAUCAUCAUUAGUCUUUAGCUAGUGUGUAGACUUGGAAGUUGUCCUGAGUGUGAAGGGCAUAACAUCCUAUCAUCAAAGGUCAUUACUGUAAUAUAUAUUUGUAAGGAGCACUUUGGGUGUUGUAAGACAGUGAAUGACCAAUAAAACCAAUUUUUUAAUAAACAAACUUUUUAGUGUGUGUGUGUGUGUGUGUAUGUGUUAGUAGAAAGUGUCUGUAGUGAAACUUCUACGUAUAAUACACAAUGGAGAUUUCAGCACAUAAUUUUGGUUGUUUUGGGAUUAUAUUAAUUUAUCAAUUUAUUUCACUUUAUUUAUUUUUAAUGUAAGGAACUGAUCAAGGGCAAUAAAAGAUGAACAAAGAAAGCCCACCUAUUACCAAUUUGCAUACAGAUGUCCGACAGGAUAAGGAUAAUACCCGCAUCACAUGGUCACGUAUACCCGCGACAGCGUGUCGCGCGACCAGUAUGUUCGACGAUCAGAUCGCAGGAAACAUAGCACACGGCGUUGAUCUUCCAUCCGAGACCUUCACCACCACAACCAC